UAUUGACAAGACAUUCAUUUAAAUUCUGCAUCUUGUCAGUCAAGUAGUGCACUUGAAAUAAUGAAAUAUUAAUAAUUUUAUUUAAGUUAAUAAUAUAAUAAGCCAUCAUGGGAGGGUUUUUAUCCGGGCUUUGGAAAAAAGAAGAGCCCCAAAAGAAGCCAAUAAAAGGCAUCGCGCCAAGAUUAAAGAAUAUACUUACGAACAACUUUAGAGGUAUCAUAGGAUGCCUCGUGCCUAUAGCAGUUUUGUCAUGGCAAUUUGAGCGAUACGUUCCCAGCAAGAAGGUGUCAAUAAUGUGGAUGUGGAUUAUCUGGUUCUUUCUACUACAACCGGUUUCUGUUCCGGUCUCUGGUUUGAUUCCAGUAUUUUUUCUGCCUAUGUCCGGAUGUAUGAGUAGUGCGCAAACUUGCGAGUGCUAUAUGAAUGAAAACGUAGUUCUGUUCCUGUUAGCCAGUAUGCUCUUGCUUGUUUUAAACAACUCCGGAAUGGAUCGCCGCAUAGCAUUGUCGUUUUUGUGUUCUGGAGACGCUUGCCAGUUUUCCGCAAAAAGGUUGAUUUUUAAAGCCAGUACGGCAGCCUUCUUCCUUUCGAUGUUCAGUAGCCGAUUGAUUGCGACCGCUACCAUCACCCAGUACGUGACUCCAGUGUUGAUGUCGUUAAAAUCGUCUGCCAAGAAAGGGGGCGCGGAUCCGGACUUCGAUGAGAUGCGAUACAUCCUGAAUAAUGCCAUCCAAACGGCUUCUGGGAUAGGUAGUGUCGCAGUAGUUCAUUCGUCUUACGCCACGUUGGUAUUCCGUGGCAUUUUUCACGAGGCACCACCCAGAAAGAAGGAGUUCCCCGAUAUUUUCAACUAUCUGCAAUACUCGGCAUUUGCUUUUCCCGUUGCCUUCGUUAUGUUUGUUUGCAAUUUCACAUAUCACAUGAUGCUAGCCAAUUCGGUUCUGGGGAAACCUAUGACGGCUGGCAGUAUGGCGGAAGUGAGAAAACAGCUUUUGAAGUAUCAGGCAGAGCUACCUCGUAAAACAACUCUACACGAAAAGCUUUCGGUCCUUAGUACUAUACUUUACCUGUUCGUUUUCUUCUUCCGUUGGAACCAAUGGAUUGACGGAUGGUCUGAGUUUAGAACCGAUCCGUACUCUUCCAACAUACCAAGAAUAAAAGACGCAACGACGGCCGCUAUAUUCGUGAUUGUAUUACAUACAAUGCCUAAAAGCUAUGGGUUUUUGAAAUACUUGGAUGCUGAAAAGAAAAGCGAACUUCCUCCUUUGAAAGCGGAAUCAGCUAUCUUAUGGUGGCGAUUUGUUGACAAGAAUACUAAUUGGGGCUACUUUUUGGUAUUUGGAUGCGCACAUGCCAUACUCAAUUCGGCUCGAGACACUGGCUUGGGCGAAAUUAUAUCGGAAAACUUUGGAACUAGCUUUACUGGACAACCUUGGAACACAUCCAUAUUCCUAGUGGUCUUCCUAACGUCGCUUUUAUGUAACAUGAUGACGGCGGCGGCGGCCUGUGCUGUAUUCUUGCCAUUUGUCAUGUGUAUGGCCCCCGGUGCGCAGUUACCCUGGCCGAAUAAGGUGUACAUUGGCGCAUUGGGUGUCGGAGUAGCAUCCUCGUUUGGGUUUUGCUUCCCCUUUAUGUACACUCCCGCUUAUUUUUGCCACCAUACUGGAAAAGUGCCUAUAAAAAAAAUGGUUAAAUAUUCUUUUAUAGCAGUUUGGAUAUGCCUUAUAAUUUUAUGGCUGGCCUUGAUAUUGUGGGCCCCAUAUUUGUUUGACCCUGAGGACGAUGGUAUACAUUGGACGAUUGCACAAGGAGCUGGAAAGAUAACAAUAGCUGAACCAACUGAACCAGAAGCAUAAAAGAAGUAACAAUAGUACCAACUGAUCAGUCUUGUCCACAAAAAAUGGUCAAAAAUGCGUUAAAAAGAAUUGUAGAUCAUGCAAAUAUACCACUAAUGAUCUACAAGCUAAGGGUAACCGAUACUUUUCGACUAUUUUUCAAGGCGUCUUUAUGACCUCCGCCAAUUUUCAGCUCUACUUUCGUCUGCUUUGACUAGACUACGAAGAAAUGAUUGGAAUGGUGAAAAGGUGUUUUGUUUUUGUUAUCUCAUGUAGUCAGGAUAAAAGGUCGGGGAUUUUUUUUUUAUUUUGUGUUAAGGAUAUUCAUUUUCAAUGGGAUAUUUGGUUCGAAGGCUUAUUGCCAUAAUGGGAGUGAUAUUUUUUUUUGUUUUUGAAGUCAUCCCGAAAAUUAACUUUACACUAUUUUAAAAUUUGAAUCAAGAUUUUAUGUAGGAUUUGUGUAGUUCAGAAAUACCCAAAACUACAUACGAUAAAUGACGAUGGACUGUGAUAUCCUUCUUGCAAGAAUAACAUUUUUAAGAUUUGAGCUUUGAUGUAGUAUAAAUAGAGUACUUUUCCCCGACCUAUUAUUUUAAGAUUUUAUUUUAAUUCCAAACUUGUUUUGUUGUACUGUUAGAAAACUAAACUGCAUGAAGCCUGUAUUCCCAAUUCUAGUGUUACUCUCUGGUCUCUGACGUCAUUGUUUUCCUCGUGACCAAUUUUCCUAACAGUCUCCUUCCGAUUCUUGCUAGAGGAGAAAACUCUAACAAUUAUUUUCUUGUCCAUAAGGAUAUUUCACAAAAACAACUGUUUAGUCUGUCAGACUGAUC